UUGAGGUUUUUCAUUUGGAUCCUCCCUAUUUAUACAUCUCAUUUACAUAAUUAAGCUGCCCCCAUAUUCUCCUUGUUGGAUCCGCCCAUGGACCAAGGGUUCGCUAAUGCUACAGAUAUGGUCGGCCCCGCCAUUGAAGUUUGGCGGCCUAGCAAGACCGAAACUGCUCUGGAUGCUCCCCCGGGGUUCUUCACAGCCCAUCUGGCCUCCUUGAAGAGUGGGUUGCGGUAUCCCUUGAACCCUCUAUUGGUGGAGUUCCUCAAUGAAGUGGAUCUCCUCCCCUACAAAUUAGUCCCAAACUCUCAUCGAUAUAUUGCAGGUUACUUAGUCAAGUGCCAAGAGUCUAAUGUGACCCCUAGUCUGGACCACUUCUUGUUUACCUUCAAGCUCACCAGGGGCCACAAAGACUCGGCCUCUUACGCUUGUCUCUCCCAACGAUCGAGCAAGCUCUUCACCAGUGACAAAAAGGGGUCUACCAAUGACUGGAAACCCUUUUUUGUCUUUGUCUCUACGGGGCCCGAGUCUCCUUUUACUGGUUCUAGGCACCCCUUGUACCGUCGCAUCACGCCACCGCUGGCAAAAGCCAAGAUCUUGGAUGACACGAAAAAGCUCUUCCGUGGGGGGGGGGGGGUCGAGAUUAGAACGGUGGUCACUGAGGAGUCCCUCGCCAAGCUCGGGUUUGAGUUCAGGUUAACCAUCUUGUAUUCUCUAGUCGAGCAAGAAGGAGAAGCAGAGGACGACAUGGAGCAACAACUAAUGCUGCACCGUCUCAAGGCUGAGAAGAAGAGAAAGAGGGAUGCAGCCCCCAAGGCGAUGAGCAGUGCCUGUCCUCAAGCCACGAGGGUCGCUUCGUGCUGGACCAGGUUGUUAUCAACAUGGAAGACCAAGGAGAGGCGACUCCCGCAGUGGAGACGGGGGCAGUGGUGGUUAGCUCCCCCAUCGCGCACAAAGGUUCUUGGGAGGAGUCUGCUGGGAGCGACGGGAGCGACCAGGGAUGCGUCUUCGCAGCGACCUCCCCUUUCGCUUGCCUUGACCUUUGAGGUGCAGACGGAAGGUGGCUUGAUGAAGUUCAGCAUCCCCCACCAUCCCUCUUCGGGCAUAGAGGAGUUUCCGCUGGAGACGAAGAUCGUGCUCCCCUCCACCGACCAAGCCUGCAUUUCCGCCAGUUCCACCCGCGACCUAGCCAACAUGGUUCUCCUGAAGUUCGUCCAGGCUCCCCUCGGAGUGCUCGAGCUCGCCCGCCGGGCGAACGUUCACCAGUCCACCUUGGACGAGGUGAAAGAAGCAACCGAGGCUGAGAAGGAGCUGCGGGGCGAGGUCGACCGCCUCGCCAAGGAGUUGCUAGAGGAAGGGCUCUGCAAUUCUAACCUCUUGUGCCGCAUCAGGCAGCUCGAGAGAGAAAACUACGACCUGAAUGGGGAGAAGACUUCAUUGUCUUCCCAAGUGGAGUCCGUCUCUACCUGGGUAGCCGAGCUAGAGGUCGAGAAGGGCGACCUGGUCUGUUGUCUGGAGGGGGUAGUUGAGACCUUCAAGGCUUCCCCGGAGUUCCGUGUGACUGUCAUGGAGCAGAUGGAAAAGUUGGUUCUUGAGUGGGUCAAGACCAAGCCCGAGGAAGAUUGGAUGGUCGAGCAGGCGAAGGUCUCCUACCAGUGUGGGCUCUUCCAGGCCCAACAGUUCUUCCGUUGCAAGCUAUUCUUGCUUCCCAAAGGAACACCCCUUCUUGAUUUCGGCCUUCCUCCUCCUUCGGAUAACAUUGAUGAGUUUGACCCCACUCCUUACAUGGAGGAGGAGGAUUCUGAUGAUCUCGAGGGAGGAAGUGAGAGAACUGGCCCUUGCGACCAAGGCAAUCAGGGCGAUCAAGGAGAAGGAGCUAGCUUGAUGGCGACCAAGGCUAGCGAGGGCACGGGCGCAUGAUCAGCCUCUUCUUUUCCUUUUAUUUGUAUUUUCCCUUUGAUUCCUUGUAAAAACUUUUAAGCACUUAUUCUUUUUGCCGCCAUGUUGGUUUAGACUUGUUCCCUUAAUUUUUCACUUAGUGCUUGUGUUUGCUUUACUUCCCCUGUUUCGCAUUUCUUUUUCCUUCUUAUCCUGAUUUGCUUAGGCCAUGAGCGGGCCCAACCUUGGGGGCCCAAUUUCCCCCCUCAGGCCCACUUGUACGGCGAGCCCAAUCCAUCAACUAGCUGAGCGCAGCUGGCCAAUCACAUUGGUCUGUGUCUCUGUAACGCCCUAUCAACCGGCCUAUUAGCUAGCCAAUAUUUUAAAACAAUAUUAUUUAUUUAUUGAGACUCAUUAUUUUAAAUUAAUAAAUAUUGAGAUUUCGA